GGCGAGGGGGUGUUGGGGCGGCGCGGCCAUCCCGCUCCCAGGGGCGGGGAGCGAGGGGACGGCCCCGCCUGUGGCUGCUCCGUGGAGCUGUUCAGCGCCCAGGUGCUGAGUCUCCGCCCGGCUCACGGAGGCUCCGGCGGCUCUCCGUUCUCACCGCUCUCCGUUCUCACCGCUCUCCGUUCUCACCGCUCCCCGGCACGGUGAUGGCUCCAGCGCUCAGCAGCCCGCUCCGGGCACUCUGAGCGCCGCGCCCCGGCGCGGAUGCGGCAGAUCCAGGCGACUCUGGUUCCGCGGGGGGACACGGCAGAUUUUCUUUUUGCCUCUGGAGCGUUUCGUUAUGGCAGCGUCCAGUGAACAGUAACAUGCUUUGACAAAUACAGAUGCCAAAAAGCCAAACAGAAACCGUGGCCUUCUAUUCUUUUUACUCCAACACAGUGAAAUGGUGCUCUUACAGUUUUGUUAUUGACUCUUACUGGAAGAAACAAACUCCUGACUGGACCUUUUUUUCCCCCAAACUUCUCCCAGUGUUGCUAUGGAUGCUUGAUACAGUGACACCAUGUAGUAGGCCCUGAAUUGUUGUCAUAACUAAGUUGCAAUGGUUUUAUAUACUUCCCCAUUUCCCAACAGCUUUCUGUCAGUCCUGCAUUCCUUUUCCUGGGGCCUAAUUUUCCCAUGUUACUGGUUUGCAGAUAAGCUUGUGGGCUCUUUUGUUCCAACUACCUAUGAAAAACGUCAAAGAGCAGACGAUCCAUGCUAUUUCCAUGCACUCUGCAUCAUUAUCACCACUCCCAUCUACCUGGCGCUGCUGGUGGCCUCUCUUCCUUUUGCUCUAAUAGGCUUCUUGCUAUGGUCCCCUCUCCAGUCAGCCAGAAGACCAUAUAUCUACUCCAGACUACAAGACAAGAGCCAUGCCAAUGGAGCCACGCUGCUCAGUGAGUGGAAGGCUGCAGGGAAUGGGAAAAGCUUUUGCUUUGGCAGUGCCAACGUUUGCCUGCUGCCAGAUUCUCUGGCAAGAUUUAAUAAUGUUUUCAAUACACAGGCUAGGGCUAAAGAGAUCGGCCGGAGGAUCCGAAAUGGGGCAAGCAGACCACAGAUCAAAAUAUAUAUAGAUUCUCCUACCAACACGUCCAUAAGUGCAGCGAGUUUCAGCAGCUUGGUGUCCCCCCAGGGUGGAGAUAGCACUAACCGUACUGUUAACGCUGGCAUGAAAAGGACAACAUCAAUGGAGUACAAAGGAGACAAUUCCGGCUGCAACAACGGUGAGGAUGGUAGAGAUGAUAAAGGUGGAUCUGGAGAGCCGAAUGAAGGAGAGGAAAACACCUGCAUUGUCCGCAUAAAUGGAGAGGAUAACAGCCACAUGUCAGACAUAGACACAGACAUUGUCAACGGCCAGGCUAAUGCCAGCGGCACAGCAGAACACGCGCUGGAAGGCGACACAGAGAUCUCAAAAACGCCCAACCACAAACAGAAGGAUGGAGAUUCUGGCAGUUUAGACAGCUACUCUGCCUCAAGAGAGUCACUAGUUAAGGUUCGUGUUGGAGAUGGGACAGUGGACCAAAGCACUGUUAACAACAAGCUCCUCUAUAAAGCUUCAAUCAUGAAGAAGACUUCUGUACGGAAAAAGAAACAUAUGGAUGAGACCUUUGAUCAUGAGAUCUCUGCUUUCUUCCCUGCCAACUUGGACUUUCUGUGUUUGCAGGAAGUGUUUGACAAAAGAGCUGCAGAGAAAUUGAAAGAGCAGCUUCAUCACUAUUUUGAAUACAUUGUCUAUGAUGUUGGGGUCUACGGUUGCCAUGCCUGCUGUAGCUUUAAGUUUGUGAACAGUGGUCUACUUUUUGCCAGCCGCUAUCCUGUUAUGGAUGCUGCCUAUCACUGUUAUCCCAAUGGAAGAGGAACGGACUCCUUGGCUUCCAAGGGAGCCUUGUUUCUCAAGGUGCAAGUGGGAAGUACACCUCAGGACCAAAGAAUUGUGGGAUACAUUUCCUGCACUCACUUGCAAGCUAUUGCAGGAGACACUACUGUUCGAUGUGAGCAACUGGAUAUGCUUCAAGAUUGGCUGUCUGAAUUCAGAAAAUCUACCUCCUCCUCCAGCACAGCCAAUCCAGAGGAGCUGGUGGCUUUUGAUGUAAUCUGUGGAGAUCUCAACUUCGAUAACUGCUCCUCUGAGGACAAGCUGGAGCAACAGCAUUCUCUGUUUACACACUACAAAGACCCAUGUCGAAUUGGUCCAGGGGAGGAUAAACCAUGGGCAAUCGGUACCUUGCUGGAUCCUGAAGGAUUAUAUGAUGAAGAAGUCUUCACUCCAGACAACCUACAGAAGGUGCUGGAAAGUGAAGAAGGAAGGAAAGGAUACUUAGUCUAUCCCACCAGCAAGAACCACAGUUCCAGUCAAAAGGGGAGGAAGGCAUCAUUGAAAGGAAACGGCAGGAGGAUUGACUAUAUGCUGUAUACAGAGGAAGGUCUCUACCUGGAAUGGAAAGUGGAAGUGGAAGAGUUCAGCUUUAUUACCCAGCUAGCAGGCUUGACAGACCACCUACCGGUAGCAAUGCGUCUCAUGGUGUCUACAGGAGAAGAUGACCCUUAAAACUGACCAGCUUGGAGAGAUUAGAAGAGGGAAACGUUAACGAUAUUAAGAAAAUAUCACAAGAUAAGAAUGAACUAUUCUGGUGCCACGUUAGGAAAAAUGACCAGACCUGACCCAGGCUACUCCCCAGAAUGAACCAACAACGGAGUACAAAAAAAGGGAAGAAAUUGAAGGUUGUGGCCAAAAGCCACUGUCGCAAGUUGCUCAGGCAACAGGGCAGGCCUGUACUACAAUGUUUUCACUGUGGACCGAAUGGAACUAAGAUGGAAGUCCUAACUCCUUCUGAACCAGUGCCAUUCUUACUAAAACAUGUUUUUAUACUAAUAUAUAGCACAAUUUAGUUUGUAAUUAGUCUGUGAGUUAGUGCUGCUCAAUGGUUUUUUGCUUAAUUUCUUUGUAUAACUAAGAAGCUGAAGCUUUUUUUCUUUUCUUUAGCCUGUUGAAGUUGUAGUAGCGUGCUUGCAUCAGUAGCAUGCGCCCGCACUGCAUGCCACUCUGAGAUAAAAUAGUAAGAUACCAUGGGGAAUAUCAGAAUGGAAGUUAAUUCAAAAAUCAGAUACCAGCCAAAGCAAGGCAUUCUGGGACUGGAAACCCUCCCAUCAUUACAGAGAGAUAUUAAAGCAAACAAAGGAAAACUGUUCAAUUUGCAAACCAGUAUUCUCCUCUCCCUUUUAAGGAUAUUUAUAACAAAAAAUAGAAUCAAGACAUUUUAUCGCCCUUCUUCCAGCUGUGUUGCCACUGGAACUGUUAAGUGUUUUGUAUGAAUAAUGAUUCCAGGAUUGGGCCUUUCCAACUGCAAGUCAUUCCCUUAAGAAGAAAUACAGUUCCCCUGUAAUGAUUUUUCUUUCCACACAUGGGGCAGCUCUGAAUUAUGGUAUGGGAUGAUAUAUGUAUUACAGUAGAGUGAAUAGAUUCCUAUAGUACCAUUGGUAACACCAGAGCCAACAUUCUGCCUUAGCUAGAAACAGUAAAUGGAAAAUAGCUUGUAUAAUGCAUGUUAGAUAUAGAGUUAACAUAAACGCCAUUCUGGGGGAAGUAUAGAACUGAUGUGAGUAACUGAUAAGGCAGGAUCGACUUCAUUUUCCAAAGGAAUCAGUACGCUUAAAGGGAAAGCACAGCAUGGGUAGCUACAGAGCACCUAGAGAACUGUGACUCAGCAUUCAGUAAUGACUUCCUUUGAGCUGAGCCUAGAUGCGUGUCUGUGAGAAGCAGUUCAUUUGUUAUGCACUCACAGACUUCCAAUAGAGGUUUUACAAUAAAAUUCAUACGUUCUUCCCACUGCAGCUCUUUAAAUGUGGGGCUACUCCCCCCCCCCCCCGCCCUCCCCCAUCUUAUCCCAAUGACCUGAGCUACUCAGACUCUGUAACUUUAAUAAUUAAAAAACAAUCCAGGGAUUUUAAUUCCAAAGGGUCUGUGUUGCUGGAAGAAGAAUGAAACCCCUUGUGUUUUCCUUGUGUUUUAACCAAUACUUGGUUUCUUCUGCCUAAUUUUUCUCCAGUAUUAGAGAAGAAUCAGUUUCAUACUAACUCCAUUAAACAAAUUCUUCUUUCAGUUAUGCUGGCCACAAACUCCUGAUGAUCUCGUUAUGGUUUAGUUUAUACCUGCCAGAAAUCAGCUUGAGCUAAAUCAAAAGAAAUUAGACUUCAAUUAGAAAUCCUAGUCUGCAGAGCCUCUCGUACUGGCUUAAUUAACUACAGUAAACGACUGAACUGAUAUUGAAAUCAGCCUGAUUUUGCAAGUUGCAAACCCUCCACAGUCACGACAGUACUGCUCAGGCAGUGCUAAUUCCCAGUGGGUGGUUGGCCCCUGCUCACACUCUCCCAGGGCCCCUAAUACUGACGUGUUCUAUGCCUCAUUCCCAGUCCUGGCAUCCCUUCAGCAGAGACUGCCUCUUGCAAGUGUACUGUGCCAAACCAUGCGGUACUCUGCAAAGCGUAACCCAUGGGGACUCAAACAGAGCCAGACUUAAUUCCCCCUUUUGAUAAAAUUAGGAAUUCAAGUUUACAGCAUCAGAGACUUUAGUGUACUGUCCCAGUGCACCAUCGGUUUCCCACUUUGUAUGUUUCUCUUUAUACAGAGGGUGCACGUAAGUGCAAUGUGUUUUUCUGGUUUCUUAUCUUUCCAUCCGAUUCAAAAAGACUUGUACCUGAAACAAUGCUUUUAAUCCUAUUUUCUACCUUGCUUGUAUUUUAUUAACCUUUUUAAAAAAGAAAAAACAAAAAAAACCAGUAUCAGUAGCAAUUUGUGUGCUGUCCAGCAGCUAUUUCUCAGUAGUAAGAUUAAAUAUGAGGUACAGUAUUUUUAAUAGCUUUCCUAACCAUGUAAAGUACAAUUUGAUAUCAGUUUCACUAAGUAUCAGUUGCAGGAGCUGAAUUUGACACUGUGUGGGACAUAGUCAUAAACUACUGCCAAACAAUGUUUCAUUAUUUACAGUAAAACUAUGUCUAAAUUAUGUCAGAAUUAAUCCAACGGCUUCGUGCUGACUAAAAUGCGGCACUUUUGUCAACUUUUUGAAAUAUGUUGAGAAAUAUUUUUUCAAAUUUGAAGUAAACUGUUUUAGAUUUUGAUGUUCUGAGCUUUUCAGUGAUCAAUCAAUGGAUAGAUGUAAAAUGUUCUCUUCAAACAGUGCACACACGUUUAACCAGUCUAAGUAGUUCUUAACUAAUUUACUGUCUUAAGGAUCUACCUUUGCAAGAGACUGAUGCUGGGAGGUACAGCUACGUGGCACCACUGUACAGAUGCUCCUUGCUUUUAUUGCAUUGAUCCUGUGCCUUCUGAUGCCUUGAUAAUCUUGCAGAAGUCAGAGAGCAUAUGUACCGGUACACUGUAAAGAAACCUGCUUUUCCAGAAGAGCAACAUCCUGGAGAAAAAACAGUUUAUCUACACUACUGCUACUCUUCCAUCCCUAUCUCACAAAGAAUCAUUCCGACAAUAACAGUAUUGGCAAGAUAUCAAUCAUGACAAGCCUUAGACAGAUACUUUGUAACAGCAUAUACGUAUAACAAAAUAAAACAGGGCAGAAUAUUCCCAGGAAAUUAAACCCUGGAUAGCUUUUUUAGAUGUCAGUCCUACUUUGCUGAAGGGCAGCAUGACACAAUUUAUUAGUAGGAUGUUAUUAAUAAGAAAUGCGAGUUAAGCUUAAUCUACUGUCGCUAACCCCACUUUGUACAGGAGUUUCAGAUAUCAUCAAGAAGUGGGUGAUAAUGCUAUUCUUGGUUUAAUAACUGCCACUCAACAUGGAUACUGUAGAUGAUGUGUCAUCUCUUUUAUAAAAGCUAGAUAAAGUCUUCUGUUUCUCAUGUUCAAUUUGCAUUUUACAAUAGCAGUUCUAGAACAAGCAAACAAAAGACACAAAUGAGAACAGCUGGAAACUAUGAACUUCCAGAAGAUUCGAGGAUGUCAGGUCCUUAUAAAGUCAGUACCUUUUAGAUCACUUCAAAAACACAACCUACAGAAAACAGCAUGUAGCUUUUCAGGCACAUUCAGAGCCAGUUCCUUCGUGCACUGUUUGUCUGAGGGCCUGAAAGGGACCGAGCCACCUCCUUUCCACCACAGCUCAGCCAUGAGGACUAGGGUAGUAACGCUUCAUGCUGCGUGAGAAAGUGUUUACUAAAUAAUUAAAGUAGUGGCCAGCUAGUUCUAUCGUCAUUGCCAACUGGAUGCUUAACUGAAGCAGUCUAAAGCAGCUUAACAAACUGUAACACAUGAUGGCUCCAAGGGGAGCCUGCAGCCUUCUGAGGUACAGCCAGCUCAGAGAAACCUGGAGGAAGCCAUUCUGUGUAAUGAGUUGACUUGUCUUAUGCAAGAAUUAUGACAAGGUUUUUGUCUCAGAAGCACUCUCAGCUAGUCAGGCUAGAACCUGGAUAAGACAGUAAGGUUUAAGCAACUUAGAACUCCAUUAAUAAUAUAUUUUUUAAAUAGCCUUUGUUUGGUGGUCCAGGUUAAGCAGAUCUGACUGUCUCCAGUUUGGUUCCUGAGCUCCCUCAGAUCACAGAACACAUCGGUGUCAGCACAUAUCAUCAGCUCAGAAAUGAAGCGUUCUCACCUCCUCCUGGCACCGCAGGACGAGAGCAGGAAUACCUACAAUUCUGAGCGCUCUGAGAAACUCCCAGUGUUACCAUUCAUUAUGAUGAGGUUCAAAUUGUUACUGAAGGUCUCGCUUUUCCAUGACAUCAUGUUUUAAAUACAAUCUUGAUGAUUUUAAAAUCUUGUAUUAUUGCUGAGGUUUAGAAUCCUGUAACAAGAAAAACCUUUUUUUAUUUCAAUGAUUUUUUCGGUAUUGUAUCCUUCUGGGACCUGUUUUUAUAUGGUAAGCACACACCUUCUGACAUUUUGUUAUAAAUGUAUUAAAAAAUAAAAAAUUAAAUAUUUUCAUUGGUUUCUUUGCCUGUAAGAAAACCACAACCUUUGACCUGGUAAGAACAAGGUAUUUUGAACAACAGAGAGAGCUUUUUUUGUCUUUUAUUGGUGCUGAAAGGAAUUACUGGUUGAUGCAGACAAGAUAAUAAAAUUUCAAGGCUCAAACGUU